CCCCUUCAGUCUUGGCCAAAACAGCCCGCGCACACAUCUCUUUUCCCUGAGCUUGACGCGUUCGACGCUGCCCGUUCUGUGCCUGCUGCUCCCUCGUCCCUGCUACCCGGCGAUCUCCUCGCCUGAGCUCUCCCACCCGGUCAUUUUCUUUCCACUCUCGUGCGGUUGUGCGGUUCCGCAGAGCCAUUGGAUUGGACAUUCGACGCGAGAAGCCGGUGCACAUCCUCCCUGCAUUCGACGAACCCAGAUCCUCCACUUACACGCAAGAAGGCUGCGCUCUGACAGCAUUUGCCACCUUGCAUCCCAAGUCCCGGGUCCUCGUGUCCCUUAUCCGCCGGACAGCAAUUCGGGCUGGAAAGGAAACCUCCUGCUCCUCUUCUGCCUCUCCGCCAACACCACCAGCACCAUUUCGCGCUUUUCAUUUCCUGUUGCUCUCUCGCUCGCCGUCGGGGAACUAUUUGUUCGAGCUACAAGAGCCUUUAUUUACGAUCACCUACAAGCCAUCAGUGGUCUUCCAGCAACCGCCAUUCAUCGAUUCGCUUCCGCACAUCCUCGCAUCCUGGCAUUCUGGUCCUUACCUCCAGAGCAUCAUCAAGAGAUCGUAGCGGUCAUCAUCCUUUCAUCAUCGAACGCUCUCCGCGCACAUCAUCCCUCCAGGUGUACGCUCUCCAGCCCAGAACGUGCCUCACGUACAUGUCUUCCUCCCCCUCGAUUUCUUCCCGAUUUCCUGAAAGCCGAUUUCCGUGUUCCACGCAACGUCUCCCGUGCUCUCCGUUCCCGCACCGCCUCGAUCCCACCUCUCCGCACGAACACGAUCACUGCCGCGAAUCGCCCGUAUCCGCGCCCCGUAUACCAACUUAAUCACCGCCACUCGUUUCCACCAUCAGCGCCAUCCGCGUCACCAGCGUCCGGACCUUCAUCAGCGUGAUCAUCGUCAGCGCAUCCAUAAGGCUCGACGCUAUGGUUAACGCGUCCAAGCUCUUGGCGGCAGCGGGAGCGGCGGCAGGGCGGUCGGGAUCCGUUCCGGCGCUCCUCUCGCGCGUCUUCCACGCUGCUGUCGCCAGCAGAUCGCUCGCACCCCUCGCGAUCUCUUGCGCGAAUAUCGCCACCUCCGCUUCCGCCUCCGCGCCUACUUCCACCGCCGCUUCCGCUCCCGUUUCCUCGAAUUCCGUCUCCUCUCAUGGUGAAGCUGCUGGCGCGGCCAACGCGGGUAUGAGUAGAUCUGGUAGCUCGCGCAAUUUGAGCACUGCCGCCGUGGCAGUUCAGUACGACGACGACGACGACGAAGCCGAGGGCGAAUACGCCGGCGAGAAGCAGCAGCAGGGUUACCCGUCGCCGUUUCGCAGGGCUCAGCAGUGGCAGCAGCAACAACUGCAGUGGCAGCAACAGAAGCACGCGUUCCAAGAACAGCCAGGAGUCCCUCUGAGUUCACAUCCGCAAAACCCUCGUGACGAUGAAACAGCACUCGUCUCUCCGUCAUCCUCUUCCUCCUCUUCCUCGUUCCCCUCCUCCCCAUCAUCCUCCACUCCCGCCGCCUCCUCAAUUGGCUGCUCGUCCACCGCCGAGCCCUUCCUAACAAUGCCGUAUCCGUCGUGGAAGUCGCCGCACUCGUCGCAUGCGAGUCGCUGGACGCAGGGCGGCGACGGAUCGAGCGACAGCGGAGUGGAGCACCGCGCGCUGCUCGUCGACGCGGCGGGAACCCUUGUAGAGCCUAGCGAGCCAGUCACUAAGGUCUACGCAAGCGUGGGGCGCAAAUACGGAGUUUCAUACUCGGAAGAUGAGAUCCUGCAGAGGUAUCGCCACGCGUAUGUCCAGCCAUGGCGGAAGUCGAUUCUGAGAUACGAGGACGACGCGCGGCCGUUCUGGCAGUACGUGGUGUCGGAGUCGACAGGGUGCAGCCAUCCGGAUUACCUGGAGGAGCUGUACCAGUAUUACACCACCAAGGAGGCGUGGCGCCUCACGGACCCGCACGCGAAGGAGGCGUUCUGUGCGAUCCGCGAUGCAGGGGUGAAGAUCGCGGUGGUGUCCAACUUUGACACGCGCCUGCGCACUGUGCUCAAGGAGCUUGACUGCCACGACUGGUUUGACGCCAUUGCCGUCUCCGCUGAGGUGCAAGCAGAGAAGCCCAACCCAGUGAUAUUCCACUCGGCCUGUGACCUGGUGGGUGUGGAUCCACACCACGCAGUGCAUGUGGGUGACGACAGGAGGAACGACCUGUGGGGCGCGAGGGAUGCAGGCUGCUCUGCAUGGCUAUGGCAGGACGAUGUGCAUUCCUUCCAUGACGUUGCUCGCAAGCUCGGAGUGCUCUUCCCAGGGGAGGAGGAGAGCCCCGAGGUGACUAAUAAGAGGGCGAUGAGGAGGACGCCUCGGUGGGCUGACAGGCCCAUGAUUGCGGCUAAUGGCCUCCAAUUUAGGCGCCACUAGGUGCUGCCUGCAGUGCUGUGGAGAUUGUUGGCAUGCCGCAUACUAGGGCGUGAGAAAGGCACUAUAGAUGCAUUUCCUGUGCACCUUUCAGUCCACAAGCCUAGUUGGUCCUCUAAGGCGACGUGUCAGCCCUUUUGUGUAGCCUCCCCAUAAUUAAUAAUCAAUAAAAUUGGAG